CAUGAUCCAUCUCUUUCUACACUCGACCAACAAAUUCUUUCAAGAAGAAGAAGAGGAAGAACAAAAUGCUAAAACUAAUGUUGGCUUGCUGUAAAGUUUACAUAUCAGAAAGCAGAAACAGGGCAGCUCUUGAAUCAAUUGAAAAAGCUGCCAAGUUAUUUCCAGAGGCUCCAAUUGUGAACAAAUUUGAAGAUGAGAUUUACAACAGAGUUGGUUACACCCUUGUCUCCAAAUUAUCGUCAACUGGGUCUUGUCAAUUAAAGAAUGCAUCAUUUGCAAUGGUCAAAGCCGCAUUAGAGACAAUUGAUCUUCAACAGCAUUGUGGAACUCAUCCUAGGCUUGGUGUUGUGGACCAUGUUUGUUUUCACCCAUUGGCUAUCACUUCUUUGGAGUUAGUUGCUUCCACUGCUAAGUCUUUGGCAUUUGAAAUUGGUUCUAAUCUUCAAGUCCCAACGUUCUUAUACGGAGCAGCACAUCAAGAGGGAAGGUUGCUUGAUUCAAUCAGAAGGGAGUUGGGAUAUUUCCAUCCUAAUUCAAGUGAGAACCAGUGGGCUGGUGGGCCAAAAUCGCAGACUUUGCAACUAAAGCCAGAUGAGGGUCCUUCCCGAGCAACUCAAGCAAAAGGUGUAAUUACGAUUGGUGCUACCAGGUGGGUUGACAACUAUAACAUUCCCGUCUUCACCAAUGACAUAUCCAUUGUUCGUAAAAUUGCAAAGAGAGUCAGUGGAAGGGGAGGUGGACUUCCGUCAGUGCAAUCCAUGGCACUAACUCACGGAGGUGGCACAAUUGAGGUUGCUUGCAACUUACUGGAACCAGCUAGGAUUGGUGGUGACCAAGUACAGCUUGAAGUUGAGCGGCUUGCUAGGGAAGAGGGUAUUGCUGUCGGAAAGGGAUAUUAUACAGAUUUCUCGGAAGAAAAAAUAAUUGAAAGCUACUUGAAACUAGUUCAACAUUCUGACCAGAUAAGCUAGAGGAAAAAAUUAUUCUAUCUCUAUUCCUUUUUUCCUUCACUCUUUUCGCGUAUUUGGCUGAGAUUUUCAAGGCCUCUUGACUUUGAGCUCCAAAGGUAAGCAAUAUCUGUUAAAGGGUAAAAUGCUCCGACUCAUUUACAUUUUUUUAUAGCACAUAAUAUCGUGAUCUUACUGCAUUUCUUGAA